GUGUGCUUACUAGCAACCACUUUGAACAUUUCUGCAAAGCUAGAGAAGGGUUCCCAGUGCCGAUUCCGACACUGUGAAGAGGCCCUUGGCAGUGACACUGUGUGCUCAUUAUGGAGAGAGGGAAAAUGUUUAGAUCCACUUUGCAGAUUUAGACACAUGGAAAUGCAGCAAAACUGCAGCAUUUCAUGCUUCUGGGAAACUCAACCUCUUGGUUGUGUGAAGAUCAGUUGUAUCUUUUAUCACAGCAAACCUCGCAAUAUCAAUGGAUUAUUUUUGCCACCAAGUAGCAAUAUCACACCACAGAAAGAAACUCAGGAAGGAAUUCCACCCCCAACCCAGAGUCAGGAACCCUUGAAACCUCAGGAGAAUAUAUCACGACCCAUUCACCAUCCUUUAGUUUUAAAAACUAACUUUGAGGAAGAAGAGGAGGAAGGAGAUGAACAAAAUGAUGCUUCUAGUUUAUGGACAAAGACUCCUGAAGAAAUUGAAGAAAAAAGAGCAAUAAAGGAGAUGUGUUAUAAAUCUGGUGAAUACUACAGAUUUCAUACUCCUCCAGAUAUUUCAUCAUCAAAAAGCAUAGCCUCUACAGCAGACAAAGAGUUAGAAAAGCCUUUGGAAAAUGGCAGUGAAUUGCAAGAAGGGGAUGGUCUUACAGUUCCAACAAAAUUUAGCCUAUUUGAAAGGCAAGGUGAGAUAAAAGCAUCAUUGGAUAGGAAACCAAGGACUGACAUUGCUGCUUUUGAAAAUGGAGGAGGUGACUGUUAUGUUCCACAGAGGAUCAUAUUUCUUGGAGUAGAUGAAAAUGAAGCUUUAACAGAAGAGAAGGAAAUCACCAUGUCAAAAUGUUCAAAUAGUAAAGACAAGGACAGUCCUCAUCCAAAGCGUUCCCUAACUACCCGACUAGUACCUACAACGCAUGUAUUAAAUGCUACCGAGAAUAUCAGUACGAAGUGCAGAGAGGACCCCUCUUCAAUGAAUGAUGUCCAGCCAGUGAGGAAGCCUCACUUUAAAGGUGUGAAAAAAAGAAAAUGGAUUUAUGAUGAACCAAAGAAUUUUCCUGGCCCAGGAAUGCGGAGAGCAGUACAGGCCCCAAAUCCCAAAAAUAAAAUGAGUUACCAUCGCAAUAAUAAAAACAGAAAUGCUGAGAAUGCAUCCUAUAUCCACGUUCAGAGAGAUGCUAUCAGGACCGUCUCACUGAGUGCAGCCCCCCGCAGCAGGCCCACAAAUGGGUCCUACAAUAAAGUCGAUGUUAACAAGGAACCCAAAUACAGCCUCUGUCCAGAUAAAUAUAUGUCAACAUCAUAUAAUGGUUCAGCCUGGCGAAAAAGAAUUCCCUUUUCAAAAACAUAUCCAAAAACUGAAAAGAUAUAUACAGAGCCAAGAAGAAAUGGGAGCAAGUAAAUCUGGAGGUUGAGAGAAGAGGAAAAAUGAGAAAAGAGAAAAGUGCCAGAUAUCAUCUGAUUUACAAUCAAAAAUGAAAAUUCAAAGAAUGAGAUAUUUCAAGUACUCCAUACUAUAUACUGGGUAGCCAAAGAUGAUAAAAUGCAAAUUCUGAAAAUAAGAUGCAGGAAGUACAUUGUGCUCUUUCAAAACUGAAAAAAAUGCAAAUUAC